AUGAUGCUGGCGUACAGAGGAGCCGCCUUUGAGGACCGCAUGUACUCUCUGCAGCCGCAGGAGGACGGCGGCUGGGGCGCCCCGGCGUGGUUUGACACGGACAGGCCACCGUUGCGCGAGCGAAACGCCUUUAUCAAUCUGCCGUACCUCGUCGACCACGAGAGUGGGAUCGUCGUCUCGCAGAGCACUGCGCUGUACCAGUUCCUCGGGCGCAAGCUGGGCCUGAUGGGCGAGAACGAGGCCGAGCGCGCGGCGACGGAGCAGAC